AUGUUUGCGCUCAAGAGUCUCUCGAAAUAUCUUUUUGGAGACGCAAGCAAGGAAACCCUGGUCGAGCUGCCCGACGGUCAACUCUUUAUCGUUCGCCCCCUCUCCCCCAAGGGCUACAGCGAACUCAUCUUCAAGGACGCCGCCGCUUCUAUCCGACGCACCGGCCAAGAGUUUCACUACCAGCUCGUUAUCCAGCGCGUGUACGAAGAGGGCGAAGCGGAACUGCUCGAAGAGGAGGAAGGCGAAGGCGUUGCGCUAGGCGAUAAGGACGAAAAGACCUUCCUGCUCGACGAGGAGCUUCACUUGCGCGUGGAAGUGAGGGAUACCGGCGAGGCAGUUGUUGCUUGGAGAGAUCACAGCGGCGAUCCCGGUGAUUUGUUCGAAUUCGUUUGCGACUCCAAGACCAGACCAGACGCCGCCGCUGCCUUUCAGUUGCUCGCUGCGCAGUGUCAAUACGAGCGCAAGUAUCGCAAGAGUCACGAAGAGGCCACCGACGAGGAACUCAAGCAGUUCGACUUUGACGACGAUACCUUCAUCCCUCGCGCCAGCCCUUUGUCCACCCCCAUUGGCCGAUCACCUUCCUUUGCCCCCUCACUCAACAACCUCCCCGAAGAGCCCACGAUGGUGCGCGAAUCGUCAUCGAAGAAGCUUGCUUCUCCCGAGACCUCCCGCGCAGUCGUCCAGACCCCCACCAAAGCACCCGUUGCGCGAGCGAACCCCAAGAGCAGCGAGAUUUUGGCCACCGAGCAGGCCGAGUUGCACUUGUUCGACUUCCAAUCCGGCACCUUCAUCUUGCAAGACGCCGAAGUCGAAGCGACGGUAGCAGAAGUCGGGAAAUGGAAAUACUGGUUGCAAAUCACCGGCAAACAGCCAUGGCUGGGUCAAGAGGUGACGCCCGACAUUAACCCGGUCUUCAACUUUGAGUAUCUGAGCUUCAUCUUCAACCACUACACCGAUGAUGGCUCUGCAUACUCCUGGCUGCUGAAGUUUGACACUCGCGAAAAGCUGGAACGCUUCCAGGAGGGCCUCAUGCAGGCACUGUGGGAGCAUUUGCACGAGACGAAAUGGCAGAAGGCGAUCAAGGAUGCUGAGAGAGACUACGUGCUUGAUGCAUUCAAUGAGCUUGUACUGGAGGACGCCACAAAAGACGAUCUCCGCGAGGCGGAAGCCAAGGAGGAGGAUGAAGAGGAGGAGGACUACGAAGACUCGGAAGGCGACAGGCUGAGUGAGCAUUACGACGAGGACGAGGAUGAGGAUGAGGUCGAAUCAGAUCUCAAGGAUGGAAACGUCAACAGCCAGCUUGCUGUCGGUGCCAAGGUUGAUCGAUCAUUCGUCGUCAGAGGUGACAAGAUUGGUGUGUUCAAGCACACUGCGGACAAUCACCUCCAACACAGCACCACCAUCAACAACGUCGCCACGCCAAAGGGUCGAGUGUUCUCUCCCAGCAAGGUGAUGCUGCACCAAGAAGACCGAAACAUGGUCUUGCAGAACAAGAACGACCCGCACAGCCUGUACCGCAUGGAUCUUGAAGUGGGCAAGGUGGUUGACGAAUGGAAAGUCCACGAUGACAUACCAGUCAACAUCUAUGCUCCGGAGAACAAAUUCGCGCAGACGACGGGCGAGCAGACUUUCCUCGGGUUGUCCAACAACGCGUUGUACCGCAUCGAUCCCCGACAGCAGGGCAACAAGCUUGUGGACAGUCAGUUGAAGCAGUACGCCGGCAAGAACGACUUCUCAGCUGCUGCGACCACCGAGCAGGGUUAUAUCGCCGUUGCCUCCAACAAAGGCGACAUCCGACUGUUCGACCGGCUUGGGAUUAUCGCAAAGACCGCGCUGCCUGCGCUCGGUGAUCCGAUCAUCGGCGUAGACACUAGCGCUGACGGCCGCUGGAUCCUCGCAACCACUCGCACAUAUCUGCUCCUCAUCGAUGCUCUCCAAAAGGAAGGCAAAAAUGCAGGCAAGCUGGGCUUCGAAAAGUCGUUCGGAAAAGACUCCAAGCCGCAACCGCGUCGCCUCGGCCUCACUCCAUCGCACGUCGCGCAGUUCCAACACGAGACCGGUGCGGCUUUGUCCUUCACCCCCGCUCGCUUCAAUACCGGCGAGGGCAAGGAAGAAACCAGCAUCAUCACCGCCACAGGCCCGUUCGUCGUCACGUGGUCGCUCAAGAAGAUCUUGCAAGGCCGCAAAGACCCGUACAGCAUCAAGCGGUACAGCGAGGAGAUCAAAGCGGACAACUUCCGCUUCGGCAGCGACAAGAAUAUUGUCGUCGCGCUGCCGAACGAAGUGGACAUGGUGACGAAACGCGCGCUGCAGCGCCCGACGCGCGAGAGCAUCAUGGCGACGCCGAGGCGCAGUCAGACGGGGCGCGGAAGCUAUCUCUCUAGGAACGAGAUUGUCAACUCGCCGUACUGA